UUUGCGUCCAAAAUGGCGUCCUUGCUCGGGGAGCAACUAUUUGAAAUCAGUGACCGGGGUCCACCUCCUCUGAAAGAUUUUUUCCAACUUGUUGUUACCAAAAAUAAGGUGAUAUUGACAACAUGGACGAUUUCUUUGAGGCUUGGAUCCAGAGGCGCUGCACCCAAAGAGCUGAAGACACCCCACCAAGAUUUCCUACAUGACAAAAAGAUACAGCAACAAGUUGGUAUAGUUUUUGGACAGAGGAUCCUGGAACACGCAAUGUUACUUUGUCAAGGAAAUGUUGAUUACCUUGAGCGUUUAUCUGAUGGCAUAUUGCUGAGAAUCCUUUCCCACAUCGAGCUAAAAGAUACAACAAUGCUGGCACAAGCUUCACAAAGAUUCAGAAAGCUCUGCAAUUCUGAGAGGUUUUGGGAGCAGACUGUGAGGAAUCGCUGUGCUGAGUUCACCAGUGACAUGGAGGGCUUAGCAAAUGUCAUGGGCUGGAGGGAGAUCUAUUUUACCUUUUUCCACACCACUGGAAGUCAGAAAAAGUGAAGCAACAAAACCAUUUCAUUAAA